UUCGGUUCGUGUUGGACUUCAGUUGCCAUCCAACUGUCGCGUAUUCGGAACGUAUCCGACGGAUGCGUUCCGCUCCAGAACCGUUUUAUUUCGAAUCCGUGUGCGGGAAUUGUCGCUCAUUAAAAACUAAAUGGGUGUACAAUAAAAACUUUUUGCUCACCCAUUGAAAAGUGUGUGUUUCUUUGUCGCGGAGCCGAAGGCGGUGGCGACUCCCAGUUCUAUUGCUUUUCAUUUUAUUAUUAUUUUUUUUUUCCCGACGCUAUUGUCAUCCGGAUUCUGGAUUCCGCAUUCGUCCAUUCCGGACUCGGGAGCAAGAUCGCGUGUGAGUCGCGUCGCUUAAAUGCCAAUUUAAGUGGCAGGCAUUUAAUCAACUCAAGUCCCACAGUCGAGCCUCGACUGGAAGGUCCUUAGCAUCCCGCACUCCCCGCCCUCUGCGUAUUUUUACAUUCUCAAAAUUCCCAGUGAAAACAUAGCCAUAAAUUAACAACUAAUUCAAUUAACUGCUGGGAACGUCAACGCGCCACGGCGGCGGCUGCAAGAAUCUAGAGCUUGGUCCCAGGGCCAAAAAGGACUGCAACGCCGCAGGAUAUGCGACGGGCUGCCUAGGAGGCGGAAUUCCUUGUGCGAGAGCCUCCUUAACACGCUGACGCAGCUCCUGCUGCAGGACUCAGGACUCUGAACCAUGGGUGACCAGAGCAGCAACAGCAGCUUUAGUGGCACCACCACCAGUACCAGCAAUUCGGCAGCCGUUGCAAUUGCCGAAAGUGCCGCGGAAAGCGGUCCGGACUUCGAUGCAUUACGCGCAGCCUGCGAAGCGAGGCUAAAUGGCAGCGGACAUCUGGAGGGAGACGGGCCCUACUGCGCCGGCACCUUUGAUGGCUGGCUUUGUUGGCCGGAUACGGCCGCCGGCACUUCCGCUUACGAGCUCUGUCCGGACUUCAUCACGGGAUUCGAUCCAGCAAGAUAUGCCCACAAGGAGUGCGGAAUCGAGGGCGAGUGGUUCAAACAUCCGUUGACCAACAAAACCUGGUCCAAUUACACAACCUGCGUAAAUCUCGAUGACCUCGAGUGGAAGCACAAUGUGAAUCUGAUCUACGAGAUUGGCUACGGCAUCUCGCUGCUGGCCAUCCUGCUGUCGUUGGCCAUAUUGGGUUAUUUCAAGUCCCUGAAGUGCGCCCGCAUCACCCUCCACAUGAAUCUGUUUGCCUCGUUUGCGGCCAACAACUCGUUGUGGCUCAUCUGGUAUCUGCUGGUCAUGCCCGACACGGAGCUCCUCCAUCAGAGUCCGAUGCGAUGCGUGGCCCUGCACAUCAAGCUUCACUACUUUCUCCUCUCCAACUAUUCGUGGAUGCUCUGCGAAGGAUUCUACUUGCACACCGUCCUGGUGGCCGCGUUCAUAUCUGAGAAGCGAUUGGUGAAAUGGCUCAUCGCCUUCGGCUGGGGCUCGCCGGCCGUCGUCAUAUUCGUCUACAGUAUGGCCCGGGGACUUGGAGGCACUCCCGAGCAAAAUAUGCACUGUUGGAUGAGCCCCACCGACUACGACAACAUUCUGGUGGUGCCCGUUUGUAUCUCGAUGUUCCUCAACCUCCUGUUCCUGUGCAACAUUGUACGCGUUGUCCUGCUGAAGUUGAAUGCUCCGGCCAGUAUACAGGGCAGCUGUGGUCCAUCUCGCACUGUCCUGCAGGCAUUCCGGGCUACCCUGCUGCUCGUGCCGCUGCUUGGCCUCCAGUAUAUCGUAACGCCGUUUCGUCCUGCGCCCGGACAUCCCUGGGAGAAUACAUACGAAAUCAUCUCGGCAUUUACGGCCUCGUUUCAAGGUCUGUGUGUGGCCACUUUGUUCUGUUUCUUCAAUGGCGAGGUGAUUGCCCAAGUGAAGCGCAAAUGGCGGAUGAUGUGCUUCAGCAACCGGCCGCGGACCAAUUCCUACACAGCCACUCAGGUCUCGUUCGUGCGCUGCGGACCGCCACUGCCAGGAGAGGAGAAGGUAUGACUAAAGGACCUGUCGGCCAAGCGACGCGCCUCCUCCGCCCCCUCCCAACAGCUGCACCAGCAGCAGCCACACCAUCCGGAACAGCUGAGAUCUCGCAGCCAGAGCCUUGGCGGUUCAACGAACUUCCUCGAUUCGUGGCGCAGCCGGAUGCCGUUUUUGAAACGCCGCCAAACCAUCGACAACUCCCGACAAUGUCAGCCACUGAUGCAGGAACGGGAGGCGCCUUCUGGUAGGGCCGGAGGCGUUGGCGUUGCUACCGAUGUUGGACGGCCCGUGGCAGGUGCGGAGGCCACAUUGAUGACAACCAUAGCGGAAGAUGUCGCAUCAGAGGCAGUCACAUCCGAAUCCCCCGAAGGCUCCAAUCCCAACGGUAGGGGCACAGUCAUCGUGCGAAUGGAGCAGGCUGGCCAACAGAACUUGGCCGAUGAGGCGCUUUAGGCCAAAAACAAAAGGCAACCCCUUCGAGUCACUCAACACAUCUCAUAGUUUAAGCCGCACCGGAAACCGAAACCAAAACAGGUCAAGAACCCCCCAAAAAAAAGGAAGCAUAAGCCCCACCAAUAGUAGCCAGGAGUCUUGAAAGAUUUUCAAAACUCUUUCCUUAUCAAGUGGCACAAAAACUGAGUUGAAAUUAAUUAUUAAUUAAUCUACCGAAGAAAUGAAAAUUCUUCUUACCAAAUCACAAAUUCUUGGCCAGCAAGAGUGAAAUGAGUUUCGCAGUUAUGUUUUCGCAUUUAAUUGUUAAGUUUUGAUAGAAUAGUCCUCUUUGUUUUCCCAGAAAUGAAAAUGCGAAAUUUAUUUAGAACCUUGAAGGCCGAAAACGGGGCUAACCUAAUAUUUAUUGUACCUAUGGAUGUAAGAAUUUAUGUGGAUAUCAAAUAUCAUUGUUGUCUUAAGUGUUAAGUGUAACCCCCAAAAAAAAAAUAAAACUUGCCCUCUGACUCUCUCCUACCUCCCCACUACCUACUCCCUACUUACUACUUCCUAAUCCCUUCUCACUCUAAACCCUUCAAUCUGUCUCUCUCGCUGUGGUAAGCUGAGCUUUGUGGCAAUCGCUUUUAGUGUGUCUAUGAAAGUAAUAAAAUUUUAAUUAUAUGUAUGUA